ACCACCCUCGACUCCUCGUUGGAAGUUGCCUUUUUUGUCCUCCGCGUUAAGGAAACCGGGCGUCUCCUUCUCCCUCUUUCUGUGAGCGCUGGAGAUAUCUCUCGAAAGGAAAGGGGAAACCCUAACCCUAACUUCCUUCGAUCCCCCUCGAAUCCAUCCAUCGCCUCGAGUUCUCUCCGGAUCCUUCCCCGAUUGAUCGAUCCAAGGCUUCCUCGCUGGUCGAGUUGGGGAUUUUUCAUCGGAGAAGCCACCGUUUCUUCGUUCUCUCCUCGAAUUUCCGAUCGAAGUGCUUGUUCGGGAGAUUCUUGGAUUCGCCGCAGCCUCGGGCGAUUCCGUAACGGCGUUGGCGAUCUGUUGAGCGCGGUGUCCGAUAUCGCCUCCUCCGGCUGAAACCCUUAAACCGAAGGGGGGUUUUUGUUGCGGAAGAUCUUCUCUUCUUGUAGCGGUGGCGGUGAUCGUCGAUCUCGGUGAUUCCGCUGCGGAUCGGGGCCUUUUGCUGGUUGGAUCGCUGUUCUAUUCUAUUGGGACGUGAAGCGAUUGGCGGCGAACUCAUCUCGGGUUUCUUCCUCUUUUCUCUUCCAGACAGAUCGUUUCUUGAUCGGGGAAUAGAGCGUGAUCUUCGUCAAGGAUUGGAAAGGAGAUAUACUGCUUGUACACGUGUCUAUGAUUUCUGUUGUUCUAGCUUAAUAUCAGGCCUGUUUUUAAUUUCGGCCUUAAAAUUCAGUUUGCUGCUCGUUGUUUAAUUUCCAGCAAGUUCUGUGUUUUUGGUUGAUCUGGUUUGCAAUUAGAUCCGAAGAAAACCGGAAAGGAAAAAUAAUGGCUGUGUAUUAUAAGUUUAAAAGUGCCAAAGAUUAUGACUCUGUUCCAAUUGAGGGUCAAUUCAUAUCCGUUGCCAAUUUGAAAGAACGAAUUUUUGAAUCGAAGCAUUUGGGAAGGGGUACCGAUUUCGACCUUAUGGUCUCCAACGCGCAGACUAAUGAAGAAUAUGUAGAUGAAGGUGCCAUGAUACCCAAAAAUACAUCAGUAUUGAUUCGUCGCGUCCCAGGACGGCCCCGGAAGCCUAUUGUUACAGAACGAGACGAGAUGAAAGUUGUAGAGGACAAGGUAGAAGAUCUUCCACCAGCAAGUAGCACUUUGCUUGGUGAUUCAUCUACCAUGAAAUAUCCUGAAGAAUCUGAAUGGGAUGAAUUUGGUAAUGAUCUGUAUGCUAUUCCUGAAGCACUUCCUGCUCUGUCAACCCAUCCAGUAGUAGAUGUUUCUCCUGCAAAUAAGGUUGACGAGGAUAGCAAGAUUAAGGCUCUAAUCGACACACCUGCCCUUGACUGGAAUCGUCAAACGCAAGAAGGUUAUGGUGCUGGAAGAGGCUUUGGUAGGGGAGUGGGUGGGAGAAUGAUUGCUGGUCGUGGUUUUGGCCGAGGUGGACUGGAGCGCAAGACGCCUCCAGCAGGCUAUGUUUGUCAUAGAUGCAAAGUACCAGGCCAUUUUAUCCAGCAUUGCCCCACAAAUGGUGAUCCAAACUAUGACAUUAAAAGGAUGAAACCCCCAACCGGAAUUCCAAGAUCAAUGUUAGUGACAACUCCUGAUGGCUCCUAUGCACUACCUGGUGGUUCUGUUGCUGUUCUUAAGCCAAAUGAAGCUGCAUUUGAGAAGGAAAUUGAAGGGUUACCUACCACCCGUCCUGUCAGUGAUCUGCCACCAGAAUUGCACUGCCCACUUUGUAAAGAAGUAAUGAAAGAUGCUGUUUUAACUGGCAAAUGCUGUUUUAGGAGUUUUUGUGACAAAUGCAUAAGAGAUUAUAUUAUUAGCAAGUCAAUGUGUGUCUGUGGUGCUACGGAUAUACUAGCAGAUGACCUUCUUCCCAAUAAAACGCUUAGAGAAACUAUUAGUCGCAUAUUGGAGUCAGCAACUAGUAGUACUGACAAUGCUGGAAGCCUUGUUCAUAUACAAGAUAUGGAGUCAGCUCGCGAAGUACAACCCAAAAUUCCAUCUCCUACUCUUUCUGCUGCAUCCAAAGGUGAACCUAAGCAAGUUCCUCCAACAGAACCUUCUCCAAAUGUGAAGGAAGGGGAGGCAGCAAGCAAUGUAAAGGGUGCCCAUGGUGAGACUAAUUCUUCGGACAAGAAGGUCACUGUGAACGUCAAUAAAUCUGAAGCAAUCCCAGAAUCAGAAAAUGCAAAAGUAACAUUGCCAGAAAGUUCUCCAGUUCCUGAAGAAACACAGGAAAAGUUGCUUGCUGGAGACCAAGGAAAGAAGAAGAAGAAGAAAAAGACACGCCUGGCUGGCAAUGGUUUGUGCAUUACCUUAUGUUUUGUUCUAUGUGGAUCAGUGUUACCAAUCUGUGCCUUGCACACUUCUGACAUGCAAUGGAGGCCUUAUCAAGAUUUUGGAGCUGAAAACUUUGUUGGGGUGCCUUUGGCUCCGUCAGGCUACAACCCAUACUGGGCUGGUGGUGGAAUGCCAUUGGGAGUUGAUGGAUACAUGGCAUCAUUCACGGGUCCCAUGCAAUACAUGGGUUAUACACCUGGCCCCUUUGAUGUUCCUUUUGGUGGGGGAAUUCUUCCACAGGAUCCAUUUGCUGCGCAAGGUUAUAUGAUGCCAGCAGUUCCAAGGGAUAUGUCUGAGUUCGGUAUCGGAGGUAUGAACCAGGGGCCUGGAUAUUUGACGAGGGAAGAAUUCGAGGCUAAGAAGGCUGAACUAAGACGGAAGCGUGGACUGGACCGACUCCAUGAAAGGGAGAGGGAGCUCAGAAGGGAGGAGAGGGAGCCGAGAAGGGAACCAAGUCGCACGAACGAUGUCUCUUCACUGAAGUCGAAGCCCCGGCUGACGUCGCGAGCGGCGAGCCUCGACCGGUCCGACCGAGAAGACCGGUCCGAGAAAGGAGACCGCCGCGGGAUCUCCCGCGACUCGGGCCGCCACUCCCCGAGCCGGACCGGGAAGAGAAGGGCCUCGGACCUGGACGAGCCGCCCCAGGCCGAGAGUGCUAAGCCGGAGCGGAAGCAGAAGGGCAGCGUGUUCUCUCGCAUCAGCUUCCCGGAGUCCUCCUCCGGCGGCGGCGAGGGGGCCAGCAAGAAGAGGAAGUCGUCGGAGGUGCCGCUGAAGAACGGGCUGAAGGACCAGCACGAGCCGGCGGCCCACCACCGGUCCAGCUCGGACGGGCAUAGAGUCGAGUGGAAGGGGUCCAAGGGUGGCGGCUCGUCGUCGAUGGGAAGCCGGAGGUACGAGCAUGUGUCGAGUGACGAGGAGUAUCAUUUCAAGAGGAAGCCGUCGUCGUCGAGGAGGGAGGCGGAGGAAGAGGGUCGGCCGGCGAGGGGAUCCAGGGAGAGGGAGACGCAUGAACGCGGGAGCAAGCGCCGAUGAGAGAGAGAGAGAGAGUGGUGGACGUUGCAAGGGCUGUGAUAAAGUGGGGGCUAUGCCCGAAUUUUAUGUAAUUACACCAAAAGUUUUUUAUGUUUUCUGGAUGGCAUAAUAUUUCCUUAUAGAAUUAUUGCAACCUGAUCU